UUUUUUGGCAAUACCUUGUUUCCCUAUUUGCUUAUCUGCAGACUUCACAUUUUGAUGUCUGCAUCAGUUCAGCAAUGAGCUCCUAAGCAGAAGGAUGUGAAAGACAGCUAACCGUCUAAGAAAAAGAGGAAUAGCACUACUGGAAGAAAUAAACAGAAGAAUAUAAAAGUGCUACAUUUCUUAAUUCACUUCAUUCUGGGAUAGUGGUUUGAGCAAUCGGUCCAUGACAGCAGUUGACGUCACUUUUAUUUUUUUUUUUUUACUGCCUGCCUGGAGAUGGCCAAAUUUAAGGAUUAACCCUUUGUUUACAGACUGACAAAGCCUUCUCUCUUUUGCCCCUUUUACCUCCUUUCUCUUUGCAGGCAGAAACUGCAAAUGCUCAAAAAACAUUAGGGCACAACUUAAAGAUGCUUUUGCAGAUACGAAAUUACAAAGACAUUAAUUUAGCCUGUGUUUUCUCUUUUCAAAUCAAGGACAAGUUCGUUGUUUGUUUUCAAUGCUUGCAGCAAGCUACUAAACACUAGUAAGUUUGAAGAGUUACCUGACCUCAUCGGACACACCAUAAAAAAGCCCUGCAAGGACAUAAAGAUGCACACUUUCAUUGCUAUUUACUUUGUCCAAACAGGCACACCCAAGUGAUUUAGGACGACUUGUGACAAGCGGUGAUCUACACAGACAUUCUGAACUCCAGAAAACACCUCUCUUUUGUUACGUAACCAGGACACCUCGACACACCUGGAGCAAACAUCCUCCUCUGGUGACAGCCUGGGAUUUUACAAGAGUGUUUAACUUAGCAGUAUUACGAGCACUUCACAGCGUCUGCCCAUUGAGAGAACAAAGUUGCUGACCUCUGACACCCUUGGAAAUGGGGAGAUUUCAGCGUGCAAGGUCUGACGCAGAAAAUUAAGAAAUCUUGAGGAUUUCAAUAUUGACAAACCAGACAAAAAAAAACCAACUCCCACCACACCAAGAGAACCAUCAUGGAGGUGGGAAAUAAUUCUGAUGAUCUGCUAUAUCCCACAGGGUUUCCAUUCAACUAUUCUUUUAAAUAUGGAGACUCAGAUCUGGAACAAGAUGCCAGCAAGAUUGUGAUCCCCUCCAUUUAUGCUAUUGUUUGCUGUGUUGGACUGACUGGAAAUGCAAUGGUUAUUUAUGUUAUCUUAAAAUAUGCCAAGAUGAAAACUGCUACAAACAUAUACAUACUGAACUUAGCUAUUGCAGAUGAACUUUUCAUGUUGAGUGUUCCCUUCUUGGCUACAUCUGCUGCUCUACAGCACUGGCCUUUUGGAUCUCUGAUGUGCAGACUGGUCUUGAGCGUCGAUGGAAUUAAUAUGUUCACCAGUAUCUUCUGUCUUACUGUUCUAAGUAUUGACCGCUAUAUUGCAGUCGUUCAUCCAAUCAAAGCAGCUCGCUAUCGCCGUCCAACAGUUGCCAAAAUGAUCAACAUUUGUGUAUGGGUAUUUUCUUUGGUGGUCAUCCUACCUAUCAUUAUAUUUGCUGACACAGUUCCAUCUGAUGAUGGAGGAGUUGACUGUAACUUCUUGUGGCCGGAAUCUUCGUGGUCAGAAGCAUUUGUAGUUUACACUUUUCUGCUUGGUUUCCUCCUCCCUGUGGUGGCCAUCUGUCUCUGCUACUGCUUGAUUGUAGUCAAGAUGAGAGCAGUAGCACUGAAAGCAGGAUGGCUGCAAAGACGGAAGUCUGAAAAGAAGAUCACAAGGAUGGUAAUGUUAGUGGUCACUGUGUUUGUCAUCUGCUGGAUGCCAUUUUACAUCAUCCAGCUGGUCAGCGUUUUUCAGAGACCACCUGACCCUAUUAUCACUCAACUUUUUGUUAUCCUGAGCUAUGCCAACAGCGGGGCCAACCCGAUCCUUUAUGGCUUUGUCUCGGACAACUUUCGACGCUCUUUUCAGAGGAUCAUGUGUUUCCGAUGGAUGGAAAGUGGGAUGGAUGGUGAACCAGUUGACUACUGUGCUGUGGCUUUAAAAACUAAAGUGGUGUGUAACCCCAAAGAAUUCCAGAAAGACUGCCUAGCUUCAGAAAUGGUGUACAGGAAUGGAACUUGUACUCGAACCACCACUUUGUGAGCAAAUGCCUAAACACUAAAAAAGACAUUAUCUGCACAGGGUCAGUCAUCAAGGUCAUCACAGACUCUAUCAGUGAGAUCUAGGUAGACAUCACAACCCCUGUCUAUCAGACCUGUAUCGGGUCAAUCUUUUGCAGUGUGUAGCAAAAACAAGCAAACACUAUGCCAAUAGACAAGAUGCCAAAAUCUGAUCACUUUCAACGGCCAGCAUAGUUUCAUUAGAAAUUGUAUUUGAAAUAGAUCAUGGCAAAAGUUAAAUAUGACAUAAAGAUAACAUAGUAUUAAUUUGAAUCAUUUCAGUGUGAAGAGGAAACUUAAACUGCAUUUUGCUUUCUUUCUUUCUUUCUUCUUUCUUUAUACAUAAUAAGCAUUCCUCAAUACUGUAAUUUCCUCCAUUUUCUGUAUCCUUAGUCAAAGAUACAGUGGCUGCGGCUUAAUGCCACCAAAGGUUCUCAAGAAUCCAACUCUUUAAAUUUCUGACUGAAAUAACUGGAUAUGAAAAGAGAAUAAACAGUAUUUUCUUGCUUUCUUAAUGUCUGAUUUUCAGCUUGAUAAAGUCAACAGCACAUACUACACUGAUGUGACAUUUUUCAUACUUUUAAUAUUUAUAAAUAUUACAAUGGUUGAACAGCUGAAAAGAAAGCUAGAUUGAUCUUUACAGAGAUAAAGUUAUUGAUCAAUGCAUUUUACUAAACUCAGUUUUGGUUGAGUAUGUUGACUCAUUGGUGUAUCGAUCAAAUAAAUGUUGGUUACUUUUCAUAAACAAGAAAAUAAUUAUCUCAGAAUGGAGCUGAACUAUCUAACUGGUAUCAGACUGCCUCUAAAUCAUCAUCUAUUACAAUUGUAAAAUGUUUAAAUGUGAUUCCUGUAGCUUCAGCUGAAUGAAACGCAGACAACCUCUGGGUUUUUGUAAAGUUUCUAAGGGUAUUUCAUAAAGCAACAUCCAUGCUAAACAGUAUUGUCAAUUUUUAAAUGUUAGAUUCUCUGUCAGAAUAAUUGAUCAUUACUUUGAAUAAACAACAUGA